UUGAAAGAUGUUUUCCAAAGAGCUGAUAUAGGUUUAAUGGCAACUGUAACAUUAAACGAUACCGAUGCUGAAUGCAAUUACUUCAGAAGUGACCUUGAAAAACUAGCAGAAAUUGUUGAUAAUAAAAGGACAAGAAACGAUAUUGUUGAAAAAUAUUGUGAUUUACGAAAAAAUAAUGCGAUGAAAAGAUAUAAGAGAGAGAGUAAAGGAGGAGGUACAAAUAGUGAAAAUAAUCUAGAAUAUUAUUUCGAAAUACUAAACUUGAAUUGGUUGGAUGAUCAGCAACGUAAAUGUCUUAAAAAUAUGUCGACUGAAGGAACACGUCUAACAAUGCGAGAUGCGGUAAUUUGA